GUGGCCAGCAGCGGCGGGGACGAGGGUGGCAGUCGUGCCGGGCACGCGGGCGGGGGUAGGAGGGGUGCAACGAACCCUCUCGCCUCGGCUCGAGUCUACGGAGCACGGAGUUGUGUUCGAAUCAUGGCGACACCCGACCCCGUAGACCCAGCCACCCUAGAGAUUAAGACCCGUAGCAUAGAACAGACACUACUCCCGCUAGUGAAGCAGAUUUCCACGUUAAUCUCGCACAGAGAACGGCCGCUAUGCUCGGAUCGGAGUUUGCGAGCGGUCGCCAGGGUCGGCCAGGCAGUAAAUUUGGCGGUCGAGAGAUUCGUGACCGUCGGCGAAACUAUCGCGGACGACAACCCGGAAAUCAAACAGGAUAUGUACGAGGCUUGCAAAGAGGCGAGGGUUGCUGGUUCGGCGAUCGAGAAAUUAUGCGAAUGUGCCUUGGAGGACAGUCUGGCCGACCGAGGUUCCGUCGUGAGAGCUGCCAGAUGUCUCCUAGGCUCAGUGACGAAAGUCCUCCUCCUGGCAGACAUCGUCGUGGUCAAUCAAUUGCUCCACGCCAAAGACAAAGUCGCCCGCAGUCUCGGACGUCUCGAGAGCGUUUCGAAUUUUACCGAAUUCGUCAAAGCUUUCAGCCAAUUCGGAGGGGAGAUGGUUGAGUUGGCGCAUCUAACGGGCGAUCGUCAGAAUGAUCUCAAAGACGAGAGGCGACGCGCGCAGAUGGCAGCGGCUCGACAGGUGCUAGAAAGGAGCACGAUGAUGCUCCUCACGUCCAGCAAGACGUGCUUAAGGCAUCCCGAAUGCCCGUCCGCGAAGGAGAACAGAGACACCGUUUUUUGCCAAAUGAGAAGAGCGAUGGAUCUGAUACAUUACGUCGUCAAGGACGGGGUAUUGGACUGCAGCGAAUCUCAAUCCUAUUCGAAUUCACAGAGUCCGCAGCAGGAAGACUGGGACAGCAGUACCGUUUGCUCGGCAUUGAAACACUUCGAGAGGCUCGUUGAAACAACAAGGAUGACCCUGUUGGGACCGGGCUGCCGCGAGACACUUACGUCAGCGUUAGAAACAGUGGUGGAGAGAACGCAGGACUUCACCGAUAGCGCCUACACGAGCCACGAACACAGAGAAAACAUCCUCCUACUUUGCGAUCGUGCGAAACUCGAACUCAAUACUCUCCUACGAAUUGGUAAUAGUAUGAAUUACGAGGGCGGCGGGGGUUCACCGAGCUCCGAAAUGGAACAGGCGGUGAUGGGUGUGCUACGGGCAACCAGAGAUCUCCGCCAGCAGCUCAGCGCGACGACGAUGGAACAAGCCGGCGAUCUUGGCCAAGUGACAAAAGCCGGCCAGGAGCUCGUGUCAACGAUCAGAAAUCUCGCAUUGGCCAAUGACAUCGACCGUCUGCAAGAAAGCAGCGACAGGUUCCACGAGUACAUCGAACACAUUCUCGAAGUGUGUAAGCUUCUAAGACACGUUGCACUCUCGGAAUCGUUGCAAGUGUCAGCCAAAUUUACGGAGAUCAACUUGAGAAUAUAUGGUCCUCAAGUUGUAACGGCCGCGCACACGCUGGCUAGGCAUCCCACAAGUAAAAUAGCCAAGGAAAAUCUCGAAGUAUUCGCCGACAUGUGGCAGUGGCUCAUGACUGACGUGACGACAGUAGCGAAAGACGUCCUGGAACUUAGUCAAAAUCGGCCAGAGAAGCAAGUUUACAUGUCCUUGCCGCGGCCAGGAAAACACGGCACGACGAGCAAACCGUUGAAGCCUGUGCGAUUGGAUAGCGAGGAACAGGCGAAGAUAGCCAAGGCGGGUCUCGAGAUGAAGCUAAUCACUUCGGAGAUGGAUGCCGAGACGGAAAAGUGGCAGGAGAGCGGAAGUGCUCUGGAGGAGAACAACGAUAUUGUGAAGCGGGCAAAGAACAUGUCGUCGAUGGCAUUUUCGAUGUAUCAGUUCACGCGAGGUGAAGGCGCGCUCAAAACCACCCAGGACCUGUUCACCCAAGCUGAGUAUUUCGCCGAGGAGGCGAACAGAUUGUACAAGGUUGUGAGACAAUUCAGUUACCAGGUACCAGGUGGACCGCACAAGAAAGAUCUCCUGGAAAAUCUGGAUCGAGUACCGACUUACGUUCAGCAACUACAAUUCACCGUGAAGAAUCCUACCGUCGGCAAAGCCGCCACAUUUACGAAAGUCGACAAUGUCAUACAAGAAACGAAAAAUCUCAUGAAUGUGAUCUCGAAGGUGGUCACAACGUGCUUCGUCUGCGCCACAAAGUACAACCUGGAUUUCCGAGGUCUGUCGGCGCGUGGGGCCGGCGGCUCGCCGUACAGGGGCGGAGAGGGUGGGGGAGCUGACGGCGACGGUGGCGGAGUUGGUGCCGACGGCAGCAAGACGGGCUCCGUCCCCGGCAGCGACCCGUCCGUCUGACAGUUUGGGAUGGCCCGACGGGCCAAGGGGGACGCUCGCCGCACCCGGGUUUCCUUUCUACUUUUCUAGGGAGAACCUCCUCGCCUGCCCCAUCAGCGGAGCGCGUACACGUCGACCGGAAGUCGCGGGACCGGAAGUCGCCGUCGCCGGCGACAACUAGGUCCCGCGUCAGCCGCGUGUCGGAAUAUCGUAGUAUUUGAUUCGGAGGUGCCUCGCCUGGCCGGGAUAUGCUCGUAGCCGCCAGUAUAUCAUUAUUGGCGACAUCAUGCGCGUAUUGACGGUAUUCGGAAGCUGCGGACGAAGAGUGGUUGGUAGCGUUCCUCUGGACGCCCUAUGAUUGAUGAUUUUUUGGAUUGGGAUUAAAUCAAAAUGCCUUUGCGAUCGCGAAAGAAAGACGUUGCUGGUCCCGAAAUGUUGGAACUCGCUCAGCCACACGCUGGCACCCUCGCGUUUCGCGAUCGGGAAAAUUAAUCUCGGUGAAUUCAUGACCUGAAAACGAAAUGGUAAACCUGUUUAUUAAAUUAUUAAUGCAACGGUUCGAUGUGCUUGGACAAUCGCUUGAAGAUACAAUAUAGGAGGACGCUUAGCUGUGUCGACGUGUACGUUUCGCUAGAUUCGUUAUGUCGCGCGUACUUUCUGGAUUUAUAAUGAAUGAAAAACAAAACAAAACAAAAAUUUGUGUCUCAUCAGACUCGCGCGUUUUUACUCGAAAGCGGACGAGCUUGGCAACACUUAUUUAGCACGGUCGAGUUCCGCCACGCGUGGCGACCGAGGCGUGGAAAAAGCGAAGAAUUAAAGCCGAGCUGGCAUCACAUGGAGUCGAGUGCGAAAGUGGCGGAUGAAAAAUGUGCGCGUCUAUAUGAUUUGCGAAAUUGUUUGCUUUGAUACUCCGAUCGUCUGAUCGCGCACUUUGAGAUCCAGAAAUUCGCUAUACCGAAACGUAGCAAAAGCUGCUUGCGCGAACAAUGCAUUCUUAUAUUCAUCUUAGCGUAACCGAAUUACAUCUCUUCGACGAUAAAAAGUUUCUUAAAAUGAGAUUACGAUUAAUAUCCGCGGCGGCGUUACAUUUCACCGCUGCUGCGUCAUUAACAGUGUUUCACUUUCGCGUUACCUUUCUUUGCUUUUAAACGUCAGAUUCUACAAGUAUUUCGUAACUCAGACGCGUUAUUUUAAUCAAUCACAAAAUUAAAUAUAAAUCCAUAUGAUAUUCAUGAACUGCGAAUCGAGUGAGCGUGGCUUAUUUAACACGUUUGUAAUUGUAAUUUUGUUACGAUACACUUCCGGUGAAUAAAGAACGCGAACAUUCGGAGGCUGAUUUCAUUGUUCUGGAAACGAAAAAAAAAAACUUUUUCGCCAACACAUAUGGUUGCGCACAAAACAAAUCGUUCUUCCAUAUCGAGAAGUUGGUGCAACGACAAUAAUUAACAAAUGUCGAUCGCAGUGCCUUUUUUUAGGUGUGAAAAACUUUGUCGAAACUUUGGCCGAGAUCAACCUCGGCUUCCGUGUUACGCCAACUUCGGUGAACAGAUUCCGCACAAGAUCGCACAUUAUACAGUUAACAGGAGGGAUAGUUUGCGCGUACAUACAUAUAUAUACAUAAAAAUAUGCAUACAUCUGCAUGAUAAUUGUAGCGCGUAAGACUUUGACAAUGAAACGUAUUGUGCGAAAGCUUAAAAAGCUCUCCGCUCGAAAGCAGCGUUUGAAACUUUUGAAAAGUCCACGAACGGCUUUCCCCUCUUUUACGUUUGUACUCAAUUCAUCGACUAAUUAGAGAAAUUUGAACGAUGGCAGUCGGUCUAAAAGCGUAUACGAAUCCAUCCGUGCAAAAGACACUUUCCCUGCACAUUCGUUAACGCAUCCAAACACCUGUCAUUCUUCAGAUUUCUCGCAUCACGCUACUGAAUUUACAGAUGACAAAAAAAAACAAAAUACAAUCUUUAAGCAUUGACUUUGCAACCGAGAAUCAAGUUUUAGGUGAAAAAAAUCGCGGCAAGAGACUCCAGCAAUAUUUAUGAAACGAAAUAUACAUAUAUACUUGUAAUCGACUAAUCGAGCAGAGAUUGUAGACAAAGAGACACUCGUGGGGCAGGAGGUGGUCUAUCGAGGGUAACCUGGGGGCGGCAACAGGGCGUACAGGAUGUACUUUGUGGCAAAGACACACCAUUAUUCCGUCACCACUCGAGAUUGCGAAUCAGCCUAAUUCCCGCCGAAACUGUCCGAUUUGACGACGUUUUCGUUGUCGCGAAAGAUUUCUCUCUCGAAGAAUCGUUCUCAAAUCGGAUAUUUCCGAUAUUCCGUGCAUAUUGCGAUUGUACGCAUCAAAUUAUAUGAAAAAAGCUUCUUCUCGAUGCCACAAAAAGAGAUGAGACGGCAAUGACGAUUUUCUCACGGAGAAUCGUCUUUGAGAUCGUUCAAUACUUCGUCGAACACGACUUAGAAUCUGAAAAUCGCUCACGAAGAAGAACUCGAAUUUUUUUUUAAUAUUCAUGCGCGUUCAAAAUGAAUUUCUAGCAAUAUAUGAAUAGUAAAGCUCGAUAGAAAUCGGCGUAAGUAAAAUCAGAUUAAUUGCAAUCCAAUUGCAAUCGAGUUCUCUUCGUGCGCGCGGAUAAGAAAUUUCCAGGAGAUGUUUGUUCGCGAUUAAAUUAAAUACACGAUUUCAAACUGACGAAAUUGGUGCUACGUAAUGAGGGAUACUUUUCUUCACGAUUUCUUCACGACGUUACGGCAAGAUUCAUUCAGGAGACGCGAAAAAAUCUGUCGUAUAAACGUAUAUUCCUAUAUGGUUUACUACGGAAUAUGUAUAUCUCGGCGCGACAUCCCGUGACGAUGAUAACAUCGGAAUAUGUUAUCAUUGUUACGUGCCUUCUCUCUCUCUCGAAAAAAAAAUGAUUUGAUCGCACGUCGAACUCUGAUCGCGAGAGAACUGAAUCGCAUCGCUGAUAACGAGAUAAAAACGAUGUAUAAGCGAUUAUAUAUGUAUAAUCUCUCUAGCGAUAAACCUAGUAUUAUUAAUGUUAAAAGCGGCAACAUCUGUACAUAUAACAACGUUAAGCGUACGCAAGGAAAAUUGCGUUGACCAUUCGUGCAUUUCACACACGUAUGUAAUCCAUUACGUAAUAGGGGUGCACGAAAGAAAAAUACCGUUCUGCGUGUGUGUAUUAUACAGAGUUGGCACAAAAAAAAAUAUCAUUUCAUGAUGCGAAAGCAUCGUAUUUGUCGCGAUCAUCGAUUUAACGCUAGAACGCCUGCGCUUUCCUAACAUUUCUCUCGAACUUUCCCAGAAUUUAUCCUCCGAAUUACUAUUCUAUUGUCCAAAAUAAUACGUACUUUUUUUUUGUGAAACUCAGCGAGUUAUACGGUGUAUAACUCACAAGUGCUCAUAAACUGUAACUACCGCAAAUAAUUGCGAGAUUCGAGGUCGUCGAUAAUAGACCGCCUCUCUUUGGGCGUUUUAGCACUCAAUUUUAUCGAAGCGUCUGAAGAAAAAAAAUAAUGGCUAGAAAAUGACCGCGGCACCUCGCAUUUAAAUCGACCGAGAUGUCCUUACAAGUUCCUAGAGAGUAUAGUGAUAUUAACGAUCAUGUUGCUGUGUCGCGAUUAAAGGACACGAAUGUGCGAAUCGGAAUCUCGCGGAUCCAGCAAUUAUUUAAGAAAAAUAAUUGCAACCGUGAAAAUACACGGAUAUAUUGACGCGAUACUUUUGUACAGACUCUGUAUCAUACGUGAUCGCUCGGUCUUUGAAUUACUUAGGAUAUUAUUAAGAUAUAAUAAUAGUGCGGUAAGUUUGAAUUUUUUUGUAUAAAACGGCACAAAAUAUUUUCUAUAGGGGAAACGGGGGCGAGUUCGAUCGUAAGUGUUGAGUUUCUAUGAUUAUUAUUAUUAUUACGAUUAUGAUUAUUAUUGCCCACCCAAUUAUGAUCUCCGCUAUCUCGCAGAGUAGAUGAUUGUCGCGCUAAUUAAUCGCGCUUUGUCUGCAGAAGAAAGAAAUAAGCUCACGGAAAUAUAUCGUUAAGUAUAUAUGUACCUAUGAACAAUUUCUACGCAAUAAUAUACAAUGUGGUAGUACUUUAUCACAAUGUGAGUACUUUAUAAACACACGAGAGAGACGAGGAAUUAGCAUUAGCAGUACAUUCGUACAAACACAUUCGCGGGAAAACAAUGAUACAUUAUUAUUAUACUUCCUUUCGUGCUAGUUUUCUCCCGUGUUCAGUCACGAGUUUCUCAUUGUUUCCUGCGAAACGCGAUUCCUUCUCCUCGUACACGUAAAUCGAUUGACACGACACCGAGAUUGAUUGCUGAUCUUCGCAUCGAGAUAAUUAGUAAGGUCAUCCGCGUGAGAUUGUGAUAUUCUCUGAUUUGACGAAUAUAGGUAAAAUUAAACGCGAAAAAGAGCGCGUAUAUAUGGUAUCGCGACCGAGAUCUCAUAAACGAAAUCCCCCAUGAUCUCAUCGCUCGAUUACCUUUGCGCGAACAUGUUAGAAACAAAAAUCGCGGUGUUAAAAGGGAUUCUUAAUAGUCUAUACGUGUAUGUUGGUCCCCUGAUCCUGAAACGGAGAACGGGCCUGUUUGACUGUGCAGAUAAUGGAAGACUCACUGUUGAUCAUUUUUUAUCGAGAUUUGAUUGUCAUAAAAAUCUCUAUUUAUUUCUUUUAGCGGUGCAGUUCGAAUUAUCUGUAUAGUCAAUCAAGAAUCCACCUUCUCCUAUAAUUCUACCUCAAUUUUCGAGAUUAGGUGCUUUAGAUUUCUUCAAAAAAAAAUUGUUCAUGGCAUUCGUACGCACAUACUCGUCUCACGUGCGCCCCUAGAUAUCGAGGAUAUUCCAAAACUGUCACACUUUGUUUUACCUGUGAUCAAUUUGGAAUCAGUCUUUUCUCGACGCAAGACUUUGAGAGAGUCUUGAGAAAAGAUGACUUCUGAAAUCUAUGAAGAAGAGGCAACUUUAAAUUAGUUAAAAGAUUAAAGUACACGUCAUUAAACAAAAACAGUGCAAUAGUUUUGGAAUAACCUGCAUAUAGCGAAGAAAAAUGAUAAAAAAGAGAAAUUCGAUAACACCAAGAAGAAUCUUUGUUCUUCAAACGCGUACGUUUUACCGAAAAAAAAAAAUAUUUGCUGAAAUACACAUAUGAUAAACCCGUAUUGCGUACUGUUUUCAACGAUUAACGCGAUACUUUUUCGAGAAAAGAUUUUUAUUUCUGUUAGUGCCUAUCUCUUGUCUGCAAAAACAUUUUUUUACGCAACUACACAUUAUAGAAAAAAAUAUAACUUUCGGCUUAUGGUUCUUUAUGCAAAUAAUAUGAUCUUGGACACCAGAAAUAUUGAUAACUACAAAUAAUAAGAUUAAUAAUGAUAAUUAAUGAUAAUUAAUAAUAAUAUUAAUAUUAAUAAGCCAUAGUGCAAAUCGUAAUGAUACACUUAUACAUAAUAUUGAUAGUAACGACUGUUAUAUUGGUUGGACUAUUUCGUGCCUGUGGUCGAGUAUUACCGUAUUACAGAAGUAUACCUGUAAUUCGUUCGUCAGCAAAGUCUUAUUAGUUAAUAACGUAAAAAGUAAAAAUUCGUAAUAUAUAUUAUAUAUAUGCAAAGCCUUGCAAAAUGUAUUUGAAUAGGAAAAAACGUAAGUGUAGGACGGUCGUGCAAAUGUUUAAGAAAACAUUUUACAACGGUGACUUUACCAUUUUGUACAAUCUAGUGGAUUAAAGUACUUCGUACUCUUG